UAUAUCAACUAUAUAUACAUCAUACUUCAUGCUUUCAUAUCAACCUCAAGGCUAAGAAUUUUAUUGAAUUCAUCUCUCUCUCUCUCUCUCUCUACUAUUUCUCAGAAUCUGAUAUAUCAAAAGCUUUUCAUGGCCGUACGUUUAGUGACGAUCUGGCUUUUCAUAGUCUUAGCCGUCAUCAUCGUGGCCUCGCCGUCGCCUGUUUUUUCAAGAAAGCUGUUGGAGAUGAAGAAACAAGAGAACUUGACGGUGAGAGAGGAAGAAAAGAGUCACAUGCCUCACGUGACCAAAACCACUACCCUAACUGCUCUGCCAAAGGGCAAAAUCCCAAACUCGACGCCGAGCAAAAAGGGUCAUGCCGCCGUCAUCUCCACCGUAAAACUCCGAUCUCGACAUCUCUCCACCGUUAGCCGGUUUCUUCAAUCCGUUCCCAGUCCCGGUGUUGGCCAUUGAUAGUCUCCGUUAGAUUCCUACUUCAUUUUUCAAAAAGUUUAGUGCAUUCUUUUCUUCUAACUAUCAUAAUACGAAAUUUCCAUGAGACUUUACAAAUUGUUUUGUUUUAUUUUCGUUUAAAAGUACAUUUAUUCAGGUAUCCAAAUUUUCCUUCUGUAAAUUAGUUGUUUUCAAUAUCACACGGGGUUUUAACAUCCCAUCUUGUAAUUAAUUAA